CGAUUGUUCCUCUGGUUGUGUUUGUUACCGUUCGGUUAUGCCAUAGGUUAUGCGUACGUCGGCGAAUCUAGUAAAUACCUCAACGAAAGGCGAUUCCUCCUCCUUAUUCAUCGUGUAAUUUACCCGCCAGUAUAACCAUGGGCUCAAGAAGGUGGUUCCACCCGUACAUUUCAGGAAUAGAGGCCGAGCAGUUGCUUAUGGAAAGGGGUACAGAUGGUAGCUUCCUUGCAAGGCCUAGUAAGAGCAACCCUGGUGAUUUUACACUCUCUGUAAGGCGUAAAAAGGAGGUCACCCACAUUAAGAUCCAAAAUACGGGUGACUUCUAUGACUUGUAUGGUGGGGAGAAGUUUGCCACACUCGCUGAGCUAGUGCAGAACUAUACAGAGAACAGCGGGCAGCUACGAGAGAAGAAUGGCGAGAUCAUUGAGCUGAAGUACCCAUUAAACUGCGCUGACCCAACAACAGAACGGUGGUUUCAUGGGCACAUAUCCGGGAAAGAGGCAGAGAGAUUGAUAUUAGAAAGAGGACGCAACGGCAGCUUUCUGGUGCGAGAGAGUCAGAGCAAGCCAGGUGAUUACGUUCUAUCCGUGAGGGUAGAUGACAAGGUCAUGCAAGUCAUUAUCCGCUGUCAGGAUGGAAAGUACGAUGUGGGAGGAGGUGAGCAGUUCGAACAGCUUACAGAUCUUGUUGAACAUUACAAGAAAAAUCCAAUGGUUGAAACAUCAGGCACUGUGGUUCACCUACGCAUGCCUUUCAACGCAACACGGAUCACAGCAUCUGGCAUUGAUGCUCGAGUGAAAGAGCUGAUGAAAGACAAUGGUCAUACUAACAGCAGGAAAGAAGGAUUCUGGGAAGAAUAUGAGGCUCUGCAGCAGCAUGAGUGCAAACAUCUGUAUAGCAGAAAGGAGGGCCAGCGCCCCGAAAACAAAGUCAAGAACCGCUACAAAAACAUUCUUCCAUUUGAUCAUACCCGUGUAAAACUGCAAGAUGGUGACAACGACCAGGUGGGCUCUGAUUACACCAAUGCAAACAUUAUUACGCCUGAAGAUGAAGCUAUCAUUGGGGACAGUAAAAAGCACUAUAUUGCUACCCAAGGACCCCUACCAAACACAAUAGAGGACUUCUGGCGCAUGGUCCUUCAGGAGAAUUCUCGAGUUAUUGUCAUGACAACCAAAGAAGUUGAACGUGGAAAGAAUAAGUGUGUGAGAUACUGGCCUGAUGAAGGCUCACAGGAGUAUAGCUCUGUUGAAGUUACCAAAGAAUCUGAGUCUGCAACGACAGACUAUGUCUUACGAGAAUUCACUGUGCAGAAGAAAGCUGUGGAAGGAAAGGCGGAUGUAUUUGAACCACGCCGUGUAUUCCACUACCAGUUCUUGGCAUGGCCUGACCACGGAGUGCCCCAUGACCCAGGCUGUGUGCUGGGUUUCCUGCAUGAUGUCAAUGCAAAGCAAGACUUGAUGGAAAAUGCUGGGCCGGUUGUGGUGCACUGCAGUGCUGGAAUUGGCCGGACUGGAACAUUCAUUGUAAUAGACAUUCUUGUUAACCAAAUAAAGAGACAAGGUCUCGACUGUGAGAUUGAUAUCCAACGGACCGUGCAGAGCAUACGUUCACAGCGCUCAGGAAUGAUCCAAACUGAGGCACAGUACAAGUUUGUGUAUCUUGCAAUCCAGCACUACGUGGAGACUGUUCAGCAACGCAUGCAGGCUGAACAGAAGAGUUUGCAAUUAGGAAGGGAGUACACUAACAUAAAAUACUCAAGCGAGGGUGCUGGCGGUGGUGACCCACAGACUGCACUAAGAAAAAGUGCACCUCCGGUAGCCCCAUCUACACCAACAUCAAAAAAUGCCCCAAGGGUGUUUGAAGAUGUGCAGCGACCAAUAUAUGAGAAUGUACCAAUUGCACGGAAGCCUCCCCCUCCUAUCCCCACCCGUGCAACAAAACUAUGACCUCUGAGCUCCACACCCAGUUUCCCCCUGAAAACAGCACCAUGCUAUAAUGUCUGAUGUCCACCCCAUCCAUUUUCCUCUGCAAAGAGAAUGUGAAGCCAUUUAUCUACAAUAUUGUGUGGUUACAUUGGUUACAAAAUGUAAGCAAUUGUUAAUAGUUUGCUCUACAUAAUAGGACUUUCACAUAUGAUGGCAGCCCUGGUGCAGUAGUGGUGCAUCACCAAACUGCAGCCAAUCAGGGUAGUGUAUGCUGUGAUGGUAGCUAUAUACAUAACUUAUAUUUAAUAUAAAUUGCAUUGAGAUGAAUCUUCCCUUCCAAAACAUGAUACAAUAAGGUAUAUGAUUGAGGCCUGGCCCGCGAUUGCACAUGAUCAUGAGUGUAAGCUUUGUGCAAGUUUCUGUAUUCUACUGUAAUUAAUGUUUUGUAUGGCAGGUAUGUAAAUUUCCUUAUGUAGGAGUUGCGCUGGUCUUGAUGUGUUGCAAGCGUAUGUCAUGAGCAUAUAUGUAAUAUGUAGAGGUUUAUCAACUUGUAUGAUAUGACACCUUUAUCAUUGUUGGAUAUGAAAUGUUAUGAAUAGAUGGGCUGUUGAUAGUUGCUUAUAAGUUAGUUUUAUGUUAUAAGGUUUAUCGAUUUGUUAGCAGUUGUAUCUAUAUCUGUGUUGGAGAUUAGAUGAUAAGAAGAGGUGGACUGUUGAUAGUUGUUUAUGUACAUGUUGGAAUUCAAUGAAUUUUGGUCCUUGUAGGAUAGGGUGGAAGUAAAAGCUUGUUGUGUAAAAGAAUUGCACCAUUUAAAUGAUUGUCACUGUAAUAAAAAAAAUCAUUUCCAAAUUAAAUAGAAUGCUCAUAGUAGAAACAUUUAUUCACAAAAAAAGAAAAUCUAUAUGAAUAGCAACACUGUGCUGAUCAUGUGCUGCCUAACAAUUUUAAUGAUGAAUAUCAUAAGGAAAUAACUAAUAACAUGCAGCUAUGAUGAAAUUGCAUAUUCCUGCAUGAUGAUCCACGCAAAUGUGAUUGUAACAAUGUGAAUAAUGUGAAUGUGGUCAAUUGGUUACGCCACUCUGGACUUGACUGGAUAGCUGUCUUUAUUGGGCCAGUCUGACAGUUUACCUUGUCCUGGAGGAUGUUUAUAACUUCUUUAGUUUGCAAAAACGUAAUCUGCAAAUUAAAAAUUAAAGCACGGUUGGUUUUCUUUACCAGAGGACCGAUUCCUAGCAUAUACAAUAUAUAUACAGCUGGGCAAGAGCGACAUUGUCCUGAACACAUCUGUUAUAUCUAACAGCAAAGGUUGAGUCUAAAUGCUCCCACAGUCACUGUAAAUAGAUAGUUUGAAGAGUAACUGUAAAAGUAAAAUCUUAACUGACCCAAUACUGAUUAGAAUAAAGUGUAUGCUUUACUAACACUGUA